UUCCGGUUCCGGUCCUCGAAACAGGGCCGUGGCUACUAUGGAAGAACCCGAGAUGCAGCUCAAGGGGAAGAAAGUUACUGACAAAUUCACCGAGAGUGUCUACGUCCUGGCCAAUGAGCCGUCUGUGGCCCUGUACCGGCUUCAGGAGCACGUGCGCCGCUCUCUGCCUGAGUUGGCCCAGCAUAAGGCUGACAUGCAGCGGUGGGAGGAGCAGAGCCAGGGAGCCAUUUACACCGUGGAGUACGCCUGCAGGCUUCUUCCUGGUCCUCAGCAGCCCCCACCAUCUGUCACAGGAGGGGUCAUAAGGAUUCCAGGAGGUGCCUCAAGAGGCCAGCGUUUCCCACCCACAGCCACGACCACAGACUGACUGGUGGGGUGGAUGGCAGCUCGGGGUAGUGCCCAAACACAAUACUGUUUAUUUUAAGUUUUUAUUUCUUUCUAAGUUUUUAUAUUGUGGUAAGAGGCACAUAAGUAAAAUUUAUUAUCUUAACCAUUUUUAAGUGUUCAAUUCAGUGGUAUUAAAUAUAUUCAUAAUGCUGUGCAGCUGUCCCCACCACCCACCUCCUGAGUUCUUUUCAUCUUGCAAAACUGAAAUUCUGUCCCUGUUAAACAUGAACUCCCCACUUACCACCCCCAUUCCUGGCUCCUGCCAUUCUGCUUUCUGUCUAAAAAUCUGUCUAUUCAAGGGACCUCACAUUAAUGGAAUCAUACAUUUUUUUUUGUCUUUUUGUGACUGUCCUUUUUCACCUAGCAUAGUAUCUUCAAGGUUCAUCCACAUUGUAGCCUGUGUCCAAAUUUCCUUGCUUUUUAGGGCUGAAUACUAUUUCAUCCUAUAGAUGGACCACAUUUUGUUUAUCCAUUCAUCUCUUGGACAUUU